AUGACCUUCAAGGAUGUGUUUGAUCUCAUGAAACAUGACAGUAAAUACGUAUACUUGGAGGCAUCAGCUCCGCGUAAACAAGGCGAUCGUACGUGGCUACUUAGUCAGAAUUUCAACCCUACCAAGGCUGGCUGUUUCAGUUUCUGGUACAACAUGAACGGCCACGACAUCGGCACCCUGGCUGUGUAUAUUAGCUUUAUUGGUGGAGGAAACAGGACAAUUUGGUCUCUCAGUAGUGACCAUGGAAACAAAUGGAUAAAUGGGCAGGCACCAAUUGUGUCCACUGCAGCUUACAAGAUUGUUAUUGAAGGUGUACGAGGAAGUGGAAUUGCAGGAGACAUUGCCAUUGAUGACCUGCUUGUUUCCAGCUCUCUCUGUGGUGUCCUCCCAAGCGAAGCUCAACCAGGCAAUCAGACAGGUACACUGCCACCCACUGGUUCCACCACCCCAGCUACUACGCCAGGAUCCUUUACAUGUAAUUUUGAUACUGGACCUUGUGGCUGGACACAGGACAAAACCACAGACACAUUUGAUUGGCUGAAGAAGUCCGGGUCGACAAAUUCUGUUGGCACUGGACCACGAUCAGAUCAUACAGGCUCUGGAUCCUAUUACUACAUCGAGACCUCUCCUCCCAGACAUCGCGGUGACAAGGCCCGGUUCAUCAGUCCCACAGUGCCUGUAUCUGUGGCCAAUUCUCCGAAAUGUUUCAAAUUCUGGUACAACAUGUAUGGAGACCACAUUGGUACACUUAAUGUUUACAUGAAGACUGGCCUCCAUUAUAGUACGGCUGUCUUCAAUCGUACUGGAACUCAGGGACAAGCAUGGAAAGAGGCCAAUGUCAACCUGGUGUCAGCUAUCCCAUUCCAGGUUGCCCUGGAGGCGACAUAUGGAAAUGGUUACCGUGGCGAUAUUGCUGUAGAUGAUGUAUCAAUCGUAGAUGGAUCUUGUCAACAAGGUCCAGGUCUUUCUGGUUUUAUUGGCUGUAAUUUUGAGAACGCCAAUCUUUGUGGCUAUACACAAGACCAUUCUGAUCAAUUUGACUGGACAAGAAAGAGUGGAUCCACGGGUACCAGGGGAACUGGCCCAACCAAUGAUCACACAUACGGUAGUUCACGGGGGCACUAUAUGUAUAUUGAGGCCUCUUCGCCCAGACGGCCAGGUGAUGUAGCUCGCCUUAUAUCUGCCCAAGAGCCAGCCACAGGUCAAACUAGUAUGUGUGUGGAAUUCUGGUAUCACAUGUAUGGGCGAACGACAGGCACUCUUAGUUUGUACCUCCGACACGGUACCAGUAAUGGUGACCAAGGCAACCGCUGGGUGAAGGCCACAUACGGAGUGGCACCAAACACUCCUGCCUACAACUUAGUGUUUGAAGCUACACGAGGGUCUGGUUAUGUGGGUGACAUUGCCAUCGACGAUGUGUCUGUGAAGAACGGUGCAUGUUCAUCAUCUGCAUUUGGUAACUGUAACUUUGAGCUGGACCUUUGUACCUGGAGUAAUGUUCACACUGGAGAUGAUUUUGAUUGGAUUACUGGAUCAGGGUCUACAACAAGCACUGGCACUGGUCCUCAGGCCGACCACACCCUCAACAACUCAAACGGUACCUACAUCUAUAUUGAGAGCUCAGCACCACAGCGACCUGGAGACCGGGCGGUCCUCCAGAGUGCUACUCUUCAGCCCACCUCUGGCCAAUGCCUUCAUUUCUGGUACAACAUGUUUGGCUCAAGACUUGGCACACUUCAGGUAUGGAAACAGCCACAAGGCGGCAAUGCCACCAAGAUCUGGGAGCUGUCUGGAAAUCAAGGCAACUUAUGGAAGAAUGCUGUUGUACCAAUCGGCAGUAUGACUACAGCAUACCAGGUUUUGGUUGUUGGCAUCCGAGGAAACAGUUACAUGGGUGACAUUGCUGUUGAUGAUUUCACAUUUAAUUCUUCCUCGUGUAUCCUGUCUCCACCAGGAGCCAUGCCAGUCAGUACGACUCCAGCUGCUACCACUCUCCAGACUCUCAGGACACCAACUGCAUAUGUUUGUGACUUUGAGACAAAUCUCUGUGCUUGGACACAAGACAAGACUGAUAACUUUGAUUGGACUCGCCAGCAUGGCCCGACCAUCUCAGCAAAUACUGGCCCAGCCACUGACCACACCAAAGGAACAAAUCUGGGAUACUAUAUAUUUAUUGAGGCUUCGUCUCCCCGUCGUCCUGGUGACAAGGCACGUCUGAUCAGUCCCGCCACUGAUGGUUCUAUUAAACAGUGUUUCACCUUCUGGUACCAUAUGUAUGGUACAAAUAUCAAAGCUCUAAAUGUCUACUUCAAGAGCAACAACAACUCCUUAGGGGCUGCUGUGUGGACCCGACAAGGCACUCAAGGACGACGGUGGAUUCAGGGUCAAGUCCAGAUUCCAGGAGGCUCAGCAACCCACAGUGUUACAAACGUUGUAAUUGAGGGUGUUAGAGGAACCAGUUACCUUGGAGACAUUGCUGUUGAUGAUGUUAACCUGUUUGCAGGAAGCUGUUCAGCAGGCACCACUGCCAGUCCAGGAUCUCUGUCCACUGCGAUCAACUGUGACUUUGAAAGUGCAAAUAUCUGUAACUACCAGCAAGAUAAAACCACAGAUGUUUUUGAUUGGACAAGGAAAAAUUUGGCGACAACCUCAAGAUAUACGGGUCCGAGCAAUGACCACACAUAUGGAACAUCAGCAGGCCACUAUAUGUACAUUGAGGCAUCAUCUCCCCGUCACCGUGGCGACUCAGCACGACUGAUGACCCCUGUAUUCUCUCCAUCCUCCCAACAAUGUCUGUCUUUCUGGUUCCACAUGUAUGGCAACACCAUGGGCACUUUGAAUGUUUAUGCUGUCCAAAACUCUUCAAACUCAAAUUAUGGAGCACCUAUAUGGACACUGAGUGGUAACCAAGGCAACGUAUGGCUACAGGAGUAUGUACCCCUCCCCAGCUACAGUGCCCAAAAGAUCGUGUUUGAAGGCCUUGUGGGACGAGGGAUACAGAGUGAUAUUGCCAUUGAUGAUGUCAAACUGGCUGCCAGCUGUCCUACUCAUGGUGACUGUAGUUUUGAGAAUGGAUCAUGUGGAUGGCGUAAUGACAAGACAGAUAGCUUUGAUUGGGUUGUUCAUCAAGGCCAGAGAUAUGUAUCACGACAAACUCCGACAGGGGACCACACAUUCGGAUUAAGGAAAGGUCACUACUUGUACUUCAAUGGACGAAGCUCCUUGUCCUCAGGCUCCAAAGCUUCUUACAUGUCUCAGAUUAUGGCCCCAACUAGCAGCACUGGCCAGUGUUUCACCUUCUUUUAUACGAUCACGGGAAAUAAUGUGGGAAUUCUCAAUGGUAUAGUUCAACAAGGUAACACCAGCACUUUGAUGUGGCAUAUUUCCUUCAAUCCUUCGGCGGGAUGGAACCAAGGUCAGUUCCCUGUCACCAGUGCCACACCUUUCAGAGUCGUCCUACAACUGGCCAAGGGUACCUACAGAGGAGGCUAUGUUGCCAUUGACGAUAUUGCCUUCAGUGUAGGCACUUGUCAAGUAUUACCAGUGGAUGCCAUGUCAGGAAACACCUUGCCUCCCGUUUCUACUCCGUCUACAACAGCCAGCCCAACCACAGCCCCAAGUCAGUAUGACUGUAACUUUGACAAUGGAAUCUGUACCUGGACCCAGAACAAGGAUGACCAAUUCGACUGGACACGAAAAAGAGGCAGCACUGGUACAGGAGGGACUGGUCCAAGCAGUGACCACACAUCUGGUUCAGGGUCCUAUUUGUACAUUGAGGCGUCGUCUCCGAGAAGAAACAAUGACAAGGCUAGGUUGUCGAGUGCCACAAUAUCUACCACAGGACCCAAGUGCCUCAAGUUUUGGUACCAUAUGUAUGGUACAGAUGUUAAAACGCUGAAUGUCUACACCAAGGUGGGCUCCACAUAUGGUACCCCAGUGUGGAGCCACACAGGCACCCUCAGUAACAAAUGGUAUACCACAUCUGUAAACAUCCAGGCCAACUCUACCUACCAGGUUGUGAUUGAAGGUGUCCGUGGAAUCAGUUACCGUGGUGAUAUCGCCAUUGAUGAUGUCAGUAUAUCAGAUGGCUCCUGUCAAGCUGCAGUUAGUUCAUGCACCUUUGAGGAUCAGAAACUAUGCGGCUACACCCAGGACAGAAGAGACAAUUUUGACUGGUCUUGGAAGAGUGGACACACAUCAUCUGCCAACACUGGACCAAGCGCUGACCAUACCUAUGGGUCAGCACGAGGUCACUAUGUAUACAUUGAGUCAUCACGACCCCGACUACAAGGCCAGAAAGCACGGCUACUCAGCACCGACAAUGCCCCUACAGUUGGGAGCUGUCUACAGUUCUGGUACCACAUGUAUGGCAGGCAGAUUGGCAACCUCACUAUAUAUGUACAACAGGCUGGCAGCCGAGGCUCACCCAUCUGGUCAAAGUCUGGUAACCAAGGAAACAAAUGGAUUGAGGCUGAAGUUACUGUUAAAGCACAGUCUACCUGGGAGGCCGUAUUUGAAGGAGUGAUAGGCAGUGGGUACCAGAGUGACAUAGCCAUUGAUGAUGUCAAAAUCACUGCUGGAGCUUGUGCAGGCAAUGGAAAUUGUAACUUUGAAAAGGAUACAUGUUUGUGGUCCAAUAUUCAAGGGGAUGAUUUUGAUUGGUUGAGAAAAAGGGGUCGUACACAAACCCAGUUUACUGGUCCAAGUUCUGACCACACCACUGGAGGUUUCACAGGUUACUACAUGUUCGUUGAGACAUCCGCACCACGAGUGCCUGGUGAUAAAGCAUGGCUUGUCAGUACUCCAAGGUCGCCAACCUCUACCACUACCUGUAUGAGUUUCUGGUACCACAUGUAUGGUACUGCUGUAGGAAGUCUCAAUGUGUAUGUCAAUACAACCUCCACUGGAACACUCACCACACUUUGGACACUAUAUGGUAACCAACAGAAUGCCUGGCACCAAGGACAGAUACCAAUGGUCCCACAGUCCAGCACAUACACUAUUGUGUUUGAAGGCAUCAGAGGAACUAGUUACCAAGGUGAUAUUGCCAUUGAUGACAUCCUGUUUACACCAACAUCUUGUGGAUAUUUACCAGCGACAGCCAAUCCAGCAAAUGCCAGUACUACCCCAGCUCCAUCAGCAAGUCCAACACCUACACCAUUUGUGAACCAGUCCAAAUAUGAUUGUUCCUUUGAAACAAACCUUUGUUCAUGGACUCAAGCCAAAGAUGAUAUUUUUGACUGGACACGGGCACAAGGACCAACUGCUUCUGUCCAGACUGGUCCAACCAAUGACCACACUUUAGGAACUGGACAAGGGUGGUACAUGUUUAUUGAGUCAUCAAAUCCACGUAAAAUGAAUGAUACAGCUCGUUUGGUGUCAGCCUCUGUACCGAGUGGGUCACAGCAAUGUCUGAGUUUCUGGUACCACAUGUAUGGACCUAACAUCAACCGACUCAAUAUCUAUAUUAAGAAGGGUACCAGCUAUGGCACCCCAGUAUGGACUAGGUAUGGCACACAGGGAAAUGUUUGGAUCCAGGCUCAUUACCCAAUACCUAGCCAAUCAUCACAGUACAACAUUGUGUUUGAAGGACUCACUGGAGCUGGUUAUCGUGGUGAUAUCGGACUUGAUGAUAUAAAAGUUGUAGCCGGACCUUGUACAUCUUCUGUUGGACUACAAUGUAACUUUGAGUCUUCGAGUCUGUGUGGAUGGAGCCAGGAUCAUAGUGAUAACAUAGACUGGAUAUCCAAGGCUGGGAGGACAUCCUCAUCAGGCACAGGGCCCUCCACUGACCACACCACAGGAACAACCUCAGGACAUUAUGUCUACAUUGAAUCAAGCCGACCAAAUGUUCCCGGUAACAAGGCUCGCCUCCUCAGUACUUCUGUAGCCAUGACAACACCCAUGUGUCUGCAGUUCUACUAUCACAUGUAUGGAAAACAAAUGGGAACCUUGAAUGUGUACCUGCGGGUGGGCACAACUCUGCCUACUGCUCCAAUCUGGAGCAGAUCAUUUAAUCAAGGCAACAAUUGGAUCUUAGGACAAGUCACCAUCCAGAACAGUCAGGCUUAUACGGUGGUGUUUGAGGGAGUUGUUGGAACUGGUUACACAAGUGACAUUGCCAUUGAUGACAUCAAUUCUAUCUCUGGAGCAUGCCCUGACCCAGGAAAUUGUGACUUUGAGAAGGGCUUGUGUACUUGGACCAAUGUGCAUGAUCAAACAGACCAAUUCGAUUGGCUGCUGAACAGGGGUCGCACCUCCAGUAGCAUUACUGGACCCAGCAAUGAUCACACCACGGGAAAUUCUGCUGGACAUUAUAUUUUCAUUGAGUCUUCUGCACCACGGAGAUUUGGAGAUCGUGCAGUCCUUAAAAGUCAGUUAUUCCAAGCUACAUCUGCAAGGUGUCUAAAUUUCUGGUACAAUAUGUACGGGUCAGAGAUUGGAUAUCUCAAUGCCUAUAUACAGCCUCAGAAUGCUACAAACAGCACCCAAAGGAUCAAGAUCUGGUCACUGUUUGGUGAUCAGGGUAACCAAUGGAAGUCAGCUCGAUCCAUGUACUACAGCAGUGUGCCUUUCUAUGUAAGUUAUGUACUACAGCAGUGUGUCUGUCUAUAUAAGUUACCUGCAUGUACUACAGCAGUGUGUCUUUCUAUAUAA